AUGACAAGCAAUAGCGAUGUGAUCGAUCUCUCGAAUGCUACCGUUUAUGCACACGUGAGCUCUUCGGCUUCUUCGGCUGCGGAUCGACGGUAUAUCCGGCUGGCUGAGGCUACGCUGGGAUUUGAGAGCGGAAGGCGGAUCAACUUGAGUGAUUCGCUCGCAGCAGUCUCCGCGACUGUACACGAAUCUCCCGCACAAGGUACCAUCGAAGUCCCCAGCUCCCAGCCCAGCAACCCAGAAUCCUCAAGCGUUCCCUUUUACGCUUAUCCCACGCCAACUCCCUACUUGACAGAUACCGUGUUCAAGACGCCAGAGCUACCAUUGAAGAGGAAGCAUGAUGCUCUGGCGUUGUUGGAACCUCCGGUCCCCAGUCCCAUGCCGUAUGAAAGUUCACCUGAGCUAUCUUCGCCGGUGAUCACGCCGACGAAGCCUAUCAUUGGUGGCACUCCUUCGGGAUUGGAUCGCCUGGAUGUGGAUGACGCGAAUACCGAUGAUACGCGGGACACAUCCUCGAGUGAUUUUCCUACUCCGACGCCUUACCUGACUGGAUAUCCUCCAGUAUCGUCAACUGUACCGCGCCCGGCUCCGGUCGAAACCUUUCCAAUAGUUACUGCAGGAGGCGCAGGCCCAGCUAUUGGUGUAAGCGGUUGGACAGACCAAGAUGGCACCUCUAGCUUCCCGUAUGCUUCUCCAAUCCCUUACAUUCCGAAGCCGUACGUCCCGGUCAUACCCACGAUUCCUCAACCUCUCGAUGAUGAAGCGAGUCAAGGCAAGGAUGGCGCUGGUACAACGGUAACGAACGAUGCCGGAAGAGACGUGCGGAAAGGUUCGGCAGUGCGGGCUGCGAUGGAGCCUGCGGUGAGUGAUCUCACGAGAACCACGGGCAACAAACCCCCUGAGUACGACUCACAGGACGUUUCAGAGUCCGAACUACACCCUAGUCUUUCUUCUCUCAUCAAACAGAGCCACCACAUCUUUCCACCUCACGAACCUCACCUCCACUCCAACCCACCCCUGAUAACACCCUACCUCCGCACUCUCCCAAUCUCAGUCUACCGCCCCACCGCCACCACCCGACCCCUCCGACCCAUGGAACGUGGAUACUGGCGUAUCGAUGUGAGAAGCUGGGAGAAGGAGGUGAAGACUAAGUUCUGGAAGUUCCUGUCUGCUGCGAUCGUUAGUAGAAAGGCUGGGUGGGUUGUUGCUCAUAUAGAAGAAGAAACACGGGGAGACGUGGUGAGGGUUUACUGCUGGGGUGAAGCUGUUGGGUAUGUGUGGUUGUUGCUCUACGCUGUGUCGGAUAAGAAGACGAAGAGGGGAAUUGAAUGGAUUGAUGCGGCUGGAGAGGUAGUCAUACGCGUAUAGGAGUCAUGAAUGAUGAAUAAGACUACAAGGG